AUGGAGGUGGAUCUUGAAGAGCGGACGCAGAAAGUGAAGCUUGAGCAGCGGACGGAGCGGAAGGAGGGCCCUGAACGGCUACAUGGCAUCAUCAGCGAGGUCGAGCAAGCCUAUGGCAGCCUCGAAAGCAUCCAGAAGGUCAACAGUAGACGCCGCCGUCGUCCAAGCGCGUCUGUCGCAACCACGCUCAUUAGUUCACCUAACCCGAACCCGACCGCCACGCAGCUGCAGGAGGUGAAGCUUGCGAACCCGCCGGGCCGACGCUUUCUCCUCCCGCCCUCCGCGGAGUCUUUCCACACGAGGUCACUCUCGCAGGAGCUCUCGUCAGCUCGCUCGCAAGGCUCUUCUGGCACUAGCCAUACGUCGCACAGCAACAGAACGUCCACCUCGUCUCGGGCUCGCGCACCAUCGCCCAAACAUGCCCGUUUCGCUCGCGUUAGAGCAGGAGAAGUAGAUUAUGCGGCUGCAGGAGGUGCGGAGCGAGAGCGAGGCGGAGAUCACGGGUCUGGAGCCGUUGGUACGCGAGAAGGGCCGUGCGUUGCUUACGAAGGCGUCGGUAGCAAGGCACCUGAGGCGCAGGCGCAGGAGGAUAUUACAUCAUAUUUGUCGCUUGCGACGAUGGCGAGGUUUAAGGCCGUGAGGGGCAUGCAGCCGCAAGUGAUUGGGCCUGGGGAGGUGCAUGUCGGGGUUGAUGGUCAAAGGCAGGAGGGGGAUGGGGGGAAGAGGAGGAGCCUGAGGAUGUAUGUGGGCGAGUCGCUGGAGAGACUCAAUGAGCUCACGUUGGGUGUCAUUCUCGCUCAGGGCAUCAUUACUACCAAUAGGUUUACUGAGCUCGAAGGCCUUCGCUCGAAGCAUGAAGAUACCGCGCUCAAGCUCGAGCAGACCAAGACCGAGCAUGCUGCCGCCGUUGGAGCCUUGAAGGGAGAAGACGCAGAGGCUUUAAAAGUCAAAGGCGAGGAGGUGGACGUGCUUAUGGCCACACUCAAGGAAGAGAACGAGUCUAACAAGCACGAAGAGGCAUUUGGCAAGCUGCAGAAGGAGCACGAGGAGGCACUUGACCGUCGCUCGCAGGAAGCUAAGGAAUCCCUCAAGUUCCGAAUCGAGCACUCUGCCGCGUUCGAGAAGUCCUCAACACAGCAAUCGAAAGUACUACAACGAGAUCACCGAGGCGAGGCGAUGCAGAAGCGGGCGGCCGAGUCCGCGGCGGCGCUCGAGCGGCUGAGAGAGGACUACGCUGCGGCUGCGCAUGGCGGAGAAGGUGUGGGAUGCGUCGGUGUCCAUUGCGUCCUCCCGGGCAUGGAGGAGGACUACCAUGCGCAGCAGCUUGCAAUUCUGCGGGAGGAGUCGGAGGACAAGACUGAGAAGAUGGGUGAGGAGGCUGCGAAGCUUACAAACGCUAAAUUUUCAGAUGCGAUGGCGAAGCACAGGGCGGCGUUCCAGGACUCCAGGCGCUCAAGGAGCAGCAAGCAGUCGUUCUUCUGA